GUGGAGGGAAAAUAUUAAGGGCAAAUUUACGGAAGUUAUUUACUUAUUUUCCUAAUCCCGCCUAACCCAAAUUGUGAAAUAUUAAUCCCUCCAUAAUUUAGGUCUGCCGUGUCUAUCUUCUCGCCAAAACGAUUUCACGCCCAGAAGCGAGAGACGAUUGUAAUAUACGGAGAAUAUUGCAAUUGUUGCAGCGCAAUAGCCUAUAUCUCAUUCUGGACACGCUAGUUUCUUCGAUUCUGGAACGACGGCACACCCAAACUCCAGAGCUAGCCACGAUCUCAGUCUAUGGUUAAUCAUGAAUGAUUCUGGAUUUAUUGGAACCAAUAUCUGCAUACAAAAUCCUUGUCAGAUCUAUGUGAAUUGGCUAGCUGCUACAACCCUUAUUUGGUAGUAUCAAAUUCCUAAAGCCCUCCUUCUAAAGACAUCUUUCCAAACUUCAGUAGGAACUUGCAAAGGUUGAACUAGUCCAAGGAAUUAUUUAAAUUGCCUGAAGGGCGUCAUGUGGAAAAAGCAAUCAAAAGGCGAGCAAACACCUGGUAUAGAAAGUGGCGUUACGAUUUGAGAAAAAAAGCCUAUUCUGAUCAUCCAACAGUUGCUGGUCGUCUUGCUAAUUGUCCUAGUGAAGUAGAUCCUGAAGAAUGGAAAUAGUUGCGACGCAGUGAGACAAACAAAAAUAAUCAGAAGUCUCAAACAAUGUUGUCUAAAGUUGGCACAAAAUCAAUUGCAAGUUCCUUCUACGAUAUGCUACAAGCAAAGAAACCAGAUUCAGAUGAGUGUGAUGAAGAGAAUCUAUCAGAAACUGAACACGUGGAAGACAAACCAUACUAUUUGGCCCUAUGGGAAAUGUCUAAGAAACGUAAAAAUGGCACUUGGUCGGAUGAGUAUGCAGAGCAAGCGUAUGAUGAUCUCAAAGCAUUGCAUCAGGAACAACUAGAUAAAUAUGGAGAAGAUAAUCUCACUCCACAAGAGGCUUUUGAGAUUGUCCUUAAACAUAAAAAAGGGUCAAAUCAUCAAAGGGGCAUGGGACAAGGAGUGUUGUCAUUUCAUUCUUAUGUGAAGAAGGAUAUUACAAAGGUUCAUGAGCAAGAGAGGAUUGAUACUGAAGUGAAUAAAAGAGUGUCUGAAAUUAAUGAAACUUAUGAAGCUCGUAUCCGUGCUCUAGAGGAAAGAUUGGCUUCUUUACCACGUUCAGAGGCAUCAGGUAAUUCAUCUCAGUAUGUUCAUUUCACUUCCAAGGAGCCUAGCCCCCUCGAAUGAUACAAGAUCAAGGGUGAAUAUGAAAGAUGCCAUUCAGUUUCUAUGACUUUGGUAGAAUUACAUUCGAGAUAGAUGUGACAAGAUGAAAUGAAAAGAUGAAGUUUAGAUGUUAAGCGUUUAUGAUACUAUAACAAAUUGUCAUGUUUAGUACUAUAUUUAUUUUAUGUCAAAACACUAUUAUAUUAACAAUUGUGAACCUUUGAUAGUUUGGGAUUGAAUUAUGAGUAUCAUAUAUGCUUUGUUUUUAUUAUUAUUUUACAUCACUUUGCAUAUAUUAUUAAAUGUAAAAUUUAUGU